UGCGUCGCGAAGCGGAAAUAGGAUUUUACUUACUUUUCAGAAAAAAAUUUUCAAUUUUAAUAUUUUAAGUAUUUUUUAACUGAAACAAGUUAGUAUUAGUUAAUAAAAAAAAGUUUUUUUUUAAUUUUUUUAAAUUUGCCUUUUUAGGUGCGGGAUUUUCAGGGGUAAAAAAACCCAUGUUUUCACUAAAUCUUUAAAUUACAUAAGAUAAUUUUCAAAUUUCUUCAUUUUUUUUGCACAUUUUCUAAUAAAUGAUACAUUUCGUAAAUUAAAAACCAAGAAAAGAAAAAAAAAAUGUUUGGAUCAUUGUUUUUGGGUGUCUGUAAAGAUUGAUCGAUUAGACCAUGUUACUACAGAGGUAGCCAGUUUUUUAUUUUUUUUAAAUUUUCUCAAACAAAUUGACUUUUUAUAAGUGAAAUAAUAUUCUGGCUACCUCUGUAGUAACAUGCUAUAAAAUCAAUUCAAAAGAGGUGGAUUUAUUAAAAACCGGUUAGUUAGUUUUUGUCAAGAAGAAACUGGAUGCGGGCGGAACAUUCUUUUCUAGUCUUUAAGUUAUAACCUCAGUUUGGCUCUCAUCGUGAUUUAGAAUUUUUUAAAAAUGGUUACUUUUAAUCUUAGCAAACUUCUGGCUGAUAAUUUUCCUCCAAGGCAUAUUUUCACGAGUAAAAACGUAUCUGAAUGUGCUAAAUUUUUGCAGUCCAAGUUUUUAUCACUUUAUGCUGUUUGCACUGUGAAUUUCAACAUUUUCAAAAGUCUGGCUUUUAACUUAAUAAAAAAAUUUAAUGAGUGUGGAAAAAGAAAAAAGUUCUUUCUUACUAAAUAUAAACAUUUUUUGGAUCAAAAUCAAGAAUGCAAAUAUCUCUUAUUAGAAAAAGAUUCUGAAAAAGAGAUUAGAACACAUGAGGAAGAACUGCUAUUAAUUAGAAAAGGUGAAAAUCUGAUUAAACAGGGUAAUCAACUCAUCAAGCAGGGUGAGCGUAAAAUAAAAGAAGGGGAAUUACUGCUUCGUACUCAUGGAUCCAAUGUAAACAGUGUACCAUGCAGAGUGCCUAAAUCAUCUGCAGUCAAUACAUCUUGUACACCAAAACCUAGAAAGUCUUUUAUUAAGCUUACAAACAAGAUGAAGCGUAAAAGAACAGAUAGUCUUAGAGAACGAGAGGUGGAAGAACUGCAACAUGCUGUCAAAAGGUUUAAAUCUAAUUCUUCUACUGAUGGUAGGGCUAUUUUAUAUGGUUCAAAUUUGUCAUUGCAAGCUCUUUGUAAUUUGAAACUUACAGAUAGAACAUGGACUGAAUUUAAAAAUAUAGUGACUCAUAAUCGUCAUCUUGUUCCUCCAGGUUUAACCAAGUUGAAGCAAUACAAAAAAUUGACAUAUCCAGAACAGGUUGAAUAUUCUGAAACCGAAGUAAAAUGUAGUCUUUUCCAUAUGAUAAAGCAUUCAGUUUCUAGAGUGUUUGAAUAUCUUUUGGAUUAUGAAAGUAACUGCAUAAUGAGUUUAUCACAAGAAGAGCGUGAUAAUGUACAAAUUAUUUGCAAAGUAGGAGGUGAUGGUCAAAGUGAUCAAUCGGAGUUUCAAAAUUCAGCAACUAUGAAAAGAGGUGUAGAUGAUCGCUCUGUGUAUAGUAUAGUGUUUGUACUGCUGGAGAUCGGAAGUGGAGAAAAAAUAAUAUGGAAAAAUUUAAUUCCAAAUAGUCCAGAUGCAACCCGUCAUCUUCUUUUUUGUUUUGCAAAAGAGACUGCUAGUUUUAUUCAGGAAAAAUUUGAACAUUUGAAAAAUGAAAUUUUUUUAUUAAAGAAUAUUGAUUUUAAACUUGGUGAAAGUACUUUUGUAGUAAAGUCUAGUUUGUCAACUAUUUAUACCACAAUGAAUGAUGGCAAAACACUAAACGCUGUUGUAUCAAAUAUGCUUAAAAAAAGAAUUUCAUCUCAGUCCUGCCAUGUAUGCCUUGCAAAUUCUAAGGAGUUUAACUUGAAAACUAUUUGUAAAAAAAAUAUUAACUUAAACAAGCAUGUUUUGAAACUUGGAAUUUGCAGUUUUCAUCUAUGGAUGCGCUGUAUGGAGUGGAUUUUCAAUACUGCUUGUAAACUCCCAGCUGUUAAGCAAGGAAGAAAUAUUCCAUCACAAAAGAGUAAAGAAUUUAUUGAAAACAAAAAAAAAUUCCAGCAUUUAUUCAAGAUAAAACUGAGUAUAAGGGUUUCUUUUGUCAGGAAAGGAUGUGGAACAACCAAUACUGGAAAUGUUGCUCGCAAAUUUUUUAAUAACCCCAUUGUGACAGGGAGAAUUUUAAACUUGGAUAUCAGAAUGAUUAAGUUGUUUCGAGAUUUACUCAUUGAUAUAAACAGAACAACUACAAGACCGGAUAUAAAGGUUUUCAAACAGAAAUCUGAACAUCUAUUUGCACUCAUAACUAAUGAUAAAUUUUUAAAAACCAUACCUAUGUCACAAUCUGUGCAUAGAGUGAUAGUUCAUGGUACUUCUUUUAUAAGGUAUUUUAAGUAUCCGAUAGGUUCUUUGUCUGAGAGUGCUAUUGAAGCCAGAAAUAAGGAAAACAAAACUGCUCGAAUUGGUCAUGCUCGUUUAACCUCUUUUGCAGAAAACACUAGGGAUACAGCUAAUUAUUUGUUUAUGACAGCUGAUAUGUACCUCUUUUGCAAAAAAAAUAAAAUGGAUAAAAAAAGAGUGAAAACAAAAUAGUUUAAGAAAGCAAAGUGAAAGUUCUUCUGAUAACUGCUUAAAAUAAAGGAAGUAAGACCAUGAAGAAUCAUACUGAUGAGCUGUUCUGCGUUGAAUUUUUAAAAAACGGCUAUUUUCAUAGCCACAA